UUUGAGCAAGGUGCUGUGCAGAACCACUGAUCUACAAAUCAUCCUGCAUUCUAAAGAACUACCCAGUAAGAAAAAAUCCUCACGUACAAGGAUUAGCAAAACACCUUGCUCAUUCAGCUGAAUGUAAAUCGGUGAAGUCAACCAACAAGCCAAGGGCCUAUAAAGCCCCAUCAAACUGGCGGUCAAACAGGGAAAUGGUUCCAAUCCUUUUUCCACCAUUCGUUUUUUUUCCCAAAGGGGAUUUUAGAAACGCCUAGAAUAAGGGCUGUGUUUCAUGUAGGCUUACUCUCGUUUUGAUAACCAUGCAAAUCUCUUUUGGACAAGGUUGACUUUUAUCAAUAUAUUCAUCUCUGAUUUGAAAGUGCUAAUUAACAUCAAAGUAGACAUGCAAGACUAUAAAUCCCUGCAAGGUCCUUCAUGUCAUCUCUCGCUGACACCUGUGCUGACACCUUUGCUAACAGGUAUUAUGUCAAUUCAGAACUUGCCCAAGACAGUUCAUAAUUGUUAAUUUAAAGAAAUGUUGCCAAUUUAUUGAUUACAACAUUUAGCUAACUUUAGAUAGUUAAUCCAGAGAUUCUUAAUUUUGCCGAGAUUUGGCAGCCUCGUCCAAAUCAUCAUGGCAUUCGUAGUUCUUUAUGAUAGCCACAUUAACAGCUAAUCAGCAUUUCAUUUGAUGAAAUACAGGCAAAUAUAUUGAUAAUAGUCACCUUGAUAAAAGGAAUUUUAAGUGUUUCUAAAAUCCCAUAGAAGAAUGAAGGGUAGAAAACGAUUGGAACCAUGUCACUGUAUGACCGCUAGGUUAUAUGGAUAUUUUUACUGUGGUGAUGAAUUGUCUGCCAACACAGCGGGUGAAAGGGAGGGAGAGCAGCUUUGCAGGGAAUUAGGAUUUACUCUGUAUUAGUGUAGAGGAGGAGGGAGGGAGAGAAAGAAAAACGCCCGAAAGACCGGGAGUACGGAAUAUGUAACAUAAAACGCAAGAAGGAAAUAAAUGGAUUCGGGGCUUGCUGAGCGUACCAUAGAGGAGGGAAGAGAGACGAGGUAGAAAGAAAGGAGAAGACUGUCUGAAACAGCAACAGACAGAUGUUCCAGAAAGCUGGCGAAGAGAUACGGAUAAGAAAAGGGGGGAGAGGGGGAGUGCCGAGGUGUGUAGAGAACAUUGUCUGGCUGACAGACGAUUUGAGAAACAACUGCAACAAAAAGUCCGGAUGGGAGUCUAUACUGACGCAUAUGCACGCAUACACACCCACAACACACACAUGGAUAGACUGCGACCGACCAGUGACUCCGGUCGACUACUGCCGGUGGUACCCAAAGACCCUCUCACUAAUGCAUUAGAUGCCAUUGUGGUCAGUACUGAUCUCAUCGAGGAUGAACUCCGACCUCACCUGGAAACAGUACUUACUGUCAUACAGGAAAAACAGCGUGGGGCUGCGGAACAGGUGGCAGUGAGUGGUGUAUUACCUACUCUGGCUCAAGCCCUUAGGAGGAGAGGACCGCUUACUUUAAUGACUGCUAAACUGGUGUCAGAACUGGCCAGAGAAACGGUGAUCAGGGAGAGGUGUGGGGAGGCAGGGGUGUCAUCUGCUCUGUUGUCUGUGCUGGUCUCCAGGGAUCAGGAGCUGCUGAUACACGCUGGCCGCGCUAUCGCUCGUAUCUGCUACGAGAGCCGGUGUCAACAGGAGCAGUUGUUGCGUUUGGGGGCGGUCCCUAGGCUGGUUGGAAUCCUGCUGGGUUUUAAAAGCAACAAGGCUCUGGAGGGUGUGUGUCUUGUGGCCCUGUGUAACCUAGGUGACAUGGGAGAGGGAGGGGAGGAUGGAGGUAUAUCGUGGGAGAGAGGCUUGUCACUAUGUCCCGAGGAGUCUGUGUUUCGUGGCGUGACUUGUCACUCCUGCGGCUUUGGCUCCAUGGUUACAGUCGUCAGACUGACCCAGUGGUCGCCCGGGCAACACACCGUCAGCAUCGAGGUGUUAUCCCGUUACUCCAUCGGGUUCUGGACAAUGCAUAACAACCGCCGGACAGUGCGACGUUCACCACUCUCUCACCUGGGAACGUGUCCUAGGUUCUACAAAGCCAUCAAGUACUCCGUUCAGAACAUUCCCAACAGUAGGAGCCUCAAGUCACUGAUCUUCCACAUCUUCCUUUGAGGAUGGACUACAAACAUGGCAGCAUAUUAUGGACUACAAACAUGGCAGCAUAUUAUGGACUACAAACAUGGUAGCAUAUUAUGGUUUACAAACAACGCACCAUAUUAUGAAAUAAAAACAUUUUUAAUUGACUAUGAAUAUGGUAUUCUAUCAAUGACAAACAGGAGAACUCAUUCACACCUUAGAGAGGAACGGACUACAAACAUGGCAUUUUAUGGACUACAAACAGGUUGACUCUGAAAGUCACUACAGAUACAUCAGGACUGCAGACAGAAACCGAGAUGACUGUGGGUGUUGGGGAUCUGGAUGUACCUUACCCAAUUAGAAAUAAAUCGGAGUUCAAUUUCUUUUUAAAAUUGACGUUAAAGGUUCAAAUCUAUUUCUUUAUUUUGUUUUUAAGAAAUUCUAAAAUAGUUUGACAACCCUGCUUUGUACGCUUUUAAAUGAUAUCAAACUCAACUGUUUACCUUUUUCAGUCAGUGAUGAAGACAUGUGUCAUGGUAUGGUGGGGUAUGCAAAUGGUCAACUUUGAGAACCUUUAUCUUUUGAAGGUUUUGGCAUUCAGGUCCAAAAUGUCCCUUUUUGUUGCUUAAUCAAAAGUGAUGCUGUCAAAAAGUGAUUAAAUUCAAAUUGAUUUACCCACACACACACACACACACACACUACUAGGUCCGUAUAGCGGCCGAUAGGUUUGUUCACAACAUUCGUUAUACACAAUACAAUCUUAGACUGAACUUCUUACUGUGUAGCUCUUUCUCUCUAUCUCUGGGUUUUGUAUCAUAGACAAUGUUUAAAAUGUCAGAACAGUAGUUUUCUCAUAAAAAAUGUAAUAUGCAAGAACCGGUGACACUUGUAAUUUCUGCUGUGCCAUAUAAAACCAUGUUUUUGACCAUUUGUUAGCCAAUUUUACUACUCCACCAGUAUUUCAUCCUCAUUCUGCAUAAUUUUAACCUGUUGACAGUUAACAUUAAGUGGAUGGCCAUAUAAAACACAUGUUCAUGAAGGCCAUGAACAGUACCUAGUAAUGCCUUAUACUGUUAGAAAGCUCAGAUUGUGCUUUUAAUUUUUUUAUCAGGUAUUCAUUACUUUUGAUUUUAUGCAUUUAAAAACACGGAAAUUGUUCCAAUGGUUUUUCCGCCAUUCAUUUUUCACAUUGUGAAUAAAUAAAGUAUAAUUAAUUGUGUGUUUGGUGUAGGUGUUCCUUGGCAUGACGUUUUAAUAGCCGUGUAAUUCUCUCUCGGACAAGGUGAGUUUUAUCAAUAAAUUCGUCUCAAUUUACUCUAAAAAAUUCGCAAUGCUAAUUAUUGAUGAACGUUACCUUGUCAGAGAGAUUUGCGUGGUUAUCGAAACGUUAUGCCAGAGUAUUCCUACACGAAACCGAGACAUUUGAAGUAGUUAUAACAUCCCAGAUGGAACAAUUGGAACAAUUUCCGGGUUUUAUGACUCAUACUGUGACACUCAACAGUAAAUAGUAUGAACAAUAGUAAGUUGUAGAUUUAAUUUUCACAUUUCAUAUGCUAUGAACAAACUUAUUUAAAAAUGACAAAAUAGGGCUUAACAGGUUUUUAGAUAAUCUACAUAUUCUCACAAUUUUACAACUAACAUGCUGUAAGAUUUCAGCUGAAUUAUUACUGUAAGAAUGUUUAUAUUUAAUGGUCAGGGAACAUCUAACUCAUUUCCUGGUGCAAUAAUCAAAUUCGUUGUCUCUCCCCUUGGGGUUUCCACUAGAUAGUACAGCCACAAAGCCAGAAUUGGCUAUAUCGUAAAAAUAUUAAUGAAGACAAAAAUGUGCUUUUUUUGUCAUAAUUUAAGGUUAGGGGUGUAGUUACGGUUUAAAGUCACCUUUUACCUUUUAAGAAGAGAAAUUGUAGAUAGGCGGGGAUUUCGACUUUGUGGCUGUGGUAACUAGAGACGGCCCUCCCUGUGAACAUACCUCAGCUGUCAUCUAACAUAAUGUUUAUCCCUCGUGAUGAACACAGUGGUUUCAAAUCUUUAAAUUGGCAGACAAGUUUUGUUUGAAUUCAAUUAGAUAUAAAUAGAUGUGUGUUUGUCGUAGAAUGAUGAGACUAGUAUAGGGUCACCUUUGCAGCGCUAUACGGCUUUUGUACCUGUGAUAUUUGCAUAUUUCCGUUGGGAAACGCCAACUGUGAAGUGCGCGUUUUCAAUAACUCAAUUCGCCUUUGCACUCCUAAACAAAGGGUAAAGUCUACAAAACUUAGUUCACUCUGUUCGUAGCAUAUUUUAGUUUUGGGAACAGAAAACUGUAUUGAGAUCACAUUUUUCGUCGAUUAGUAAAUUUGCCAAACGGAUGUUACACAUUUAUACAUCCGGUGACAUUUCAGUCUCAUUGUUUUAUCUGGGUGUGUCGAAUGUGCUCUGCUGUUAGAUUAGAGGAUUUUGAAUGAGAUGUGUUUUUUUAACUACCGUUUCUUACAUUUACAUUUACAUUUAAGUCAUUUAGCAGACGCUCUUAUCCAGAGCGACUUACAAAUUUCUUGCCAUGAAACUACCCUACAUUGAGCUACCAUACCGCUAGAUUUUGGAUGAGUCUGAGUCGUAUUUCACUUUUAGUUUCCCACAAAUAAUUGUAAAAUG